CAGGCCGGACCGCGCCGCGGCCACUCGUCGCAGGCGAUGCCUCUGCUCUGGGCCUUGCUGGCCCUCGGCUGGCUGCGGCGUGGCUCGACUGUGUACCUUCAGCCCCAACUGGCCAGUGUGACCUUCGCCACCAACAACCCCACCCUCACCACUGUAGCCUUGGAGAAGCCCCUGUGCAUGUUUGAUGGCUCCGAGCCCCUCUCUGGCGCCUAUGAGGUCUACCUCUAUGUCAUGGUCGACUCAGCCAGCUCCAGGAACGCCUCUGUGCAGGACAGCUCUGGGACCCCGCUGAGCUCCACGUUCCGGCACACCCAGGGUGGGAAGACAGGCCCCUACAAAGCUGCAGCCUUCGACCUGACCCCUUGCAGUGACCUGCCCAGCCUGGAUGCCGUCGGAGAUGUGUCCCAGGCCUCAGAGAUCCUGAAUGCGUACCUGGUCAGGGUGGGCAACAAUGGGACCUGUCUGUGGGACCCCAACUUCCAGGGCCUCUGCAACCCUCCCUUGUCAGCAGCCACUGAAUACAGGUUCAAGUAUGUCCUGGUCAACAUGUCCACAGGCUUGGUGCAGGAUCAGACACUGUGGUCGGAUCCCAUCCGCACCAACCGGCCUGCCCCCUACGCGGCCAUCGACACCUGGCCGGGCCGGCGUAGCGGGUGCAUGAUUGUCAUCACAGCCAUCCUGGGCUCGCUGCCCUUCUUCCUGCUUGUGGCCUUCGCUGGUGCCAUCGUCCUCAGCUUUGUGGACAUGGGCAGUUCUGACGGGGAAACAACUCACGACUCACAGAUCACGCAGGAGGCUGUCCCCAAAUCCCUGGGGACCUCAGAGACUUCCUACACAUCUGUGAACCGAGGGCCACCCCUCGACAGAGCUGAAGUGUACUCCAGCAAGCUUCAGGACUGAGACAAGCCCCCACCUCUGCCAGGCAGCAGCCUCCUCCCUGUCUGCUCGGUCCCCGGGUCUGCGGGAGCGGACGUUCACGGAUCAAAGGUGAAGCAAGAUGGGUUAGCCGAACUUCAGGAAAACUCUUAAUAAAGUCUUCCCAGGGUUUCCCUUUCA